GAGUCUAUAUAAUUUUUUUGUUUGACAUCCCCAUAAGUCCCAUAAGCGAUCAAAUCUUUAACCCGUUUGUUGAUAAUGGGAAAAAUAAAUUUCCUUUGUUUAUACUUCGGUAUUUCGUUUGAUUCCAUUUCCUAUUUCCAUCUUAUAAUCUAACGUCAAAUGUUUAUCUCCACAUUCGUGAUGUGGAAACGUUGAUCUCCAUGUGUCCGCAUAGAAUCGGUUGGGUCCAAUUAGCUCUUUUCCGACACAUCUUUGUCGACAAUCAUUGAUGUAAGGAUUGGAGUGCGAUGUACGUCACGAACACAACUCAUUUAUCUUAGUUAUAUUAUGUGAAGAUUAUUUGAAUUUCUAUACUGAAGAGGACCACAUCCAAUGGUCGAAACGUAUAUUCAAUUUGUAUUUAUUAAUUUUUAUUAAACUUCUAACAACCGUAACUUAGCUCUUUAUGUCCGUUUCAGUUCUUUCAUAGAUUUGUUCUAUAGAGCUUUUAUUAUUAUUUGUAUGUAAAAAGUAUAUUUAAAAAAUAUACUAUAUUUUAAAAAUAUUUACUUACUUUAAAAGUAAGUUAAAUACAAAUAAACCACUUUGUAAAUUUAAAUAAAUUCCCAAGUAGCAGACAACCGUGAUAAUGGCGUAAAUUUUACAUCAUCUGUUACGUUAUUUAUCCUUCAAGUUAAUCAAAUAAUGACGUCUUUUUGACGAUCCUAAGUCACAGACCAAUGACGUUAUAUGUACGACGACUUAAUGACGUCAUUUUUUUAAAUAAAAUGUGUCACGUGGUGGCCCUGAAGGCGCCUGUCACAGGGGGACGAGUACCGACGCUUACCGAUUUUUGCGCGCGUCCCACAUUUUGCAUCGCGGAUACCGUUUUGCGAACACGAGGUCGACAUUCGGUCGCAUAACAUUUAGCGAAAUUUAGCGAACUUUAGCAAAACUAGAAUCGGAAAAGUGGGUUGGUCCCGCGCCCCGUAAUUUGUGCCCCCGAGCUCACUCCACUGACCCGAGGGAAGAGGAUUUGAAGGACAACGUGGGACCGGAAGGAAUCGAGACAGGUCGUCCGUUCUCGCAAAAAAUCGCCGUUAAAGCGACACAAAAGGUAACGGACUUUUGACUCUCGAUCUCGUGAGAAAUGUGUCGUUUCGAUCUCGGUUGCCGCUGGCGGUGUUUAUCGUUACAGCUCCGCUUCGAGACGCAAGAGGGAGGUCUUAGGAGACAACGGCUGAUACGGGAGACCAACCGUGAAUAGCUGACGAGAAAACAACAACACGUUAGGAAGUAGAGGAAAAACAAAAGCUUCUGGGAUAUAACAAAGGCUACCGCUAAAAUCGCGGUGAUUGGUAAAAGCCAAAAGAGAGAGAGGGAGCGGAGAAAAAGAAUAUGCGGAGAACAGCAGACAGAGAGACAGGGUUCCAGGGGAUAAUAACUCCCGUCUGGGUUCGUUCAUCCGUUGCCGAAGAGCGAGAUCAGAAUGAAAAAGCUACCGUUACUGUGAUCCGCCGAGAUUCGCUAGUUACCUCUACCGCGAUCGAGUACCGCCACUUGAGUUUGAUUCGGAGAGCAUGUGAGAGUCAGAGUCCUGAAUUUGUGCGGGUGGAAGUGCCAACCGAAGCGAGGGCGACAAUGACUCAGCCGCCGACGAGAGAGCCGACGAGCGAAAGAGUCCCCGACAGGUCACCAGCGAGGAUCGGAACCGAGGAAAGCACUGUUAUUGUAAGACCAACUACUCGUUCGUUAGUACAGGAAUACCGUUGUUGUCGUACCGUCCUGCACGAGGAAUGGCCACAUAACGUAGGCCGUAACCGGGCACCGUCGUGUGACUCGGCGAAGAAAAUCGGGAUCCGUACCGCGCCGCGAUAGUCAGAUAUCGUCUCGCGAGAACGUCUUGGUACAGCCUAACGAACGACUCGACAUACAGUGAUUAUCGAGCCAUUGUAUUAUCGGGACGAGCGCGUUCCGGGAUAAUAAAGAACUGUUUACCACA